GGAAUCUGGGUGGGAAAACAAAUUCCGCCUCUCACCCACUGUGUCAUUCCCACUUCCGGGUUCGUUUCCAGUACACAACUUUCCUAAGGAGCUGUGGGUGUGUAUCAUGAAUAUGACAAACAUGGCGUCUGUCUUUGAUUGCUUCACGUAUUUGUUUUGUAAGGGAAUAGUGGGAAAGUCUGUUGUUUAAGUCAUUUAAUCCAGUGCUGAAAGAUGAAGCUGCUUGGCUGGAUACAGGUGACGUUGUGUACAUAUGGUGUGACGUCACAAACACUUACAUAUGCAGAUCCGAACGUUCUCCAGCUGGAGGAUCCGGAGUGCGAGGACGGCAGCAACGUGGACUGCGAGUCUGUCUUCUCUCUGAAUGCAGAGAAGAUUCUGAGCCAGGCCAGACUCUUUGUGGAGCAGCAGCGUUUUCCGUUCCCUGUUGACGAUCAGAACACCAACGAGGAGCUUGCCAUAGGAUACGUCCUCAUCGGCAACGGGCUCUACGAUGAAGCCAUCAAACACUUCUCCCUGUUACUGCAGGGCGAUCCGGAGCUGGUCAGCGCCAUGUACGGCAGAGGGUUAGCGUAUGGGAAAAAAAGCCUGCAGGACAUAAAGAACGCAGACUUGGCUCUGUAUGAGCUAAGCAGAGUGAUCACGCUGGAGCCCAACAGGCCAGAGGUGUACGAACAUAGAGCAGAGAUUCUCUCUCCACUCGGACGGAUCAGCGAAGCUCUGAGCGACCUCACGAAAGCCAUCCAGCUGCAGCCUUCAGCACGACUUUACCGCCACCGAGGAACCCUCCUUUUCAUCUCGGAGGACUACGUGGCUGCCAUGGAGGACUUCCAGCAGUCUCUGGAGCUGAAGAGGAACCAGCCGAUCGCCAUGCUCUAUAAAGGCCUCACCUUCUUCCACAGAGGCCUGCUUAAGGAGGCCAUUGAGACAUUUAAAGCAGCGCUGAAGUUGAAGUCGGACUUUAUUGACGCACACAAAAGCCUGGCUCAGGCAUACAGGGAGCUAGGUGAUUUCGACAGUGCAUUGGAGAGUUUCCAGAAAGCUCUGCUGCUGAACCAGAAUCAUCUCCAGUCUCUGCAGCUCAGAGGGAUGAUGCUGUAUCAUCACGGCAGCCUGCAGGACGCCAUCGGCAACUUCAAGAGGUGCCUGCAGCUGGAGCCGUAUAACGAGGUGUGUCAGUACAUGAAGGGCCUAAGCCACGUGGCCAUGGGGCAGUUCUAUGAAGGCAUCAAGGCUCAGACUAAAGUCAUGCUGAACGACCCGAUGCUGGGCCAGAAAGCCAGCUCCGAGUAUCUCAAAGUCAAAUACCUCCGAGAGUACUCUCGAUACUUGCACUCUCACCUGGACAUCCCUGUAGCGGAGUACAACGUUGAUCAAGAUCUUCCCGGGAACUUUAAAAACCACUGGGCGAAAAACCUCCCCUUCCUCAUCGAGGACUAUGAAGAGCAGCCUGGACUGCAGCCGCACAUUAAGGAUGUUCUACCUCAGGAUUUCGAGAGUUACUCCGAGGAGGUGCAGAAGCUGAUCUGCACGGCGGAUCAUCUCGGCACACUCAUGCAGUACAACACGUCAGGGUUCCUGUCCAAUCAGCGCAUCCACAGAGCCAUGGGUCUGGCCAGCAUAGAGGUGAUGCAGGCGAUGCAGCGGACGUGGACCAACUCGAAGGUGCGCGUCAACGGCAAAACCAGGCAACUCCAGUGGAGAGACAUGUUUGACAUUGCUGUUAAAUGGAGGAGGAUUGCUGAUCCAGAUCAGCCUGUCUUAUGGUUGGAUCAGAUGCCAGAACAGAGCCUGAGCAGAGGGUUUAAUAAUCACAUCAACCUUAUCAGGGGUCAGAUCAUCAACAUCAGAUACAUGGAAUACUUCAGCAGAAUCCUGGACUUCAUUAAAGACAGAAUCUUAGUGUAUCACAGUGCGUACAACCCUCGAGGAGUGCAGGAGGUCAAGCAGGCGCUGGAGGACGUCAGCAAAGUGGAGGACCUGCUGCCUAUAAUGAAGCAGUUCAACAGUAAAACCAGAGACGGGUUCACGGUGAACUCGAAGGUGCCGAGUAUGAAGGAUGCUGGGACGGAGUACGAUGGCUUCACCGUCACCAUCACCGGAGACCGCGUGGGAAACAUGCUGUUCUCAGUGGAGACUCAGACCACAGAGGAGAGGACGCAGCAGUACCAGUCAGAGAUCGAGGCUCUGUAUAAAGACCUGACGGCGAAAGGCAAAGCACUCAUGCUGUCCUCCGAGCUGGGGGAUUCAGAUGCGGUGUGUAACCUCGUCCUCUCCCUGGUCUAUUAUUUCUGUAACCUCAUGCCCCUGUCCCGAGGCUCCAGCAUCGUGGCAUACUCAGUGGUAAUGGGAGCUCUCAUGGCGAGCGGGAAAGAAGUUGCAGGCAGAAUUCCAACCGGGAAGCUGGUUGAUUUCGAAGCCAUGACCACGCCCAGUCCCGACCGCUUCACCAAAACGGCCAAAAGCUGGAUGAACUUAAAGAGUCUGCCAAGCUGGUACCAGAACCUUCCGUCUGUACCCGAGACCUUCCAGUUCGCCAGAACCAUGAUCGAGGUCCUGAACACUGACGCGUCCUCGCACUGUCCCAAAACAUCCUAAAAGACUGUCUCUGCCCCAUGCGUCUCUGCUCGUCCCCCGUUUCCUCUCUUCAGUCUUCCAUUGCAAAGAUCUCCUUCAGAGAGCAUCUCAAUUGACCCCUGAAGCACACUUGACGAACUUGAAACCCUGUGAUAAAAUCUGUUUAAUUUCUCACAACAAUCAAAAGGGCUCGAUUAUCAGCUAAUGAUUUUCAAAUCAGGAAUCCACAACUGUGAAGAACGGCAAGUUCACAACCAGGGUUAUUAAACUACUUGAAUACUAACGAGGGAUUAAAGCGAAGCCUUAGAAGGAAAUCGAGUGGCACUCGAUGACAUCACUGAGUCACAUUCUACUGUUAAUUUAAAGAAAGAAUUUUUUAGUUAAAGCGCUGCUCGUUCCCCGUGUUUUAGUUCAGAAAUGUUUGUUUUAUCCAUUUUUAAGUCUUUUUUUUUCAUCUCCGGUUUAAAGAACGAGGACCUCAAGGACAUUUCAAUGUUUAGGAAUUAAACUUGAAAGCAACGGUAUGUGAGGCUUCUCAGAGCAGCGUCAGAAAUGAAUAAACAUCUUGAGUUCC